AUGGCUGCUGUCACUCUUUUGGAGGAGGUUGUGACACCCAGGAAAGACCUGCCACCACUGCUGUUGAAGCUGAAUGAGAGGAGAGCAGAGAGACUGGACUACCUGGGGGUGUCGUAUGGUCUCACACCUCAACUUCUCAAAUUCUGGAAGAAGGCUGGAUUCAUUCCAGUUUAUUUAAGACAGACUCAGAAUGACCUGACGGGGGAGCACUCGUGUAUUAUGCUGAAGGAGCUCAAUGCUGAGGAUUCAGUAGAUAAUGGCCAGUGGCUGUCUGCUUUUUGGAAGGAUUUCCGAAGGAGGUUUCUCUCCCUGCUGUCUUUCCAAUUCAGAAAAUUCAGCCCAACACUGGCCCUCAACAUAUUACAGAACAAGAACGCCAAAGACGACAGCGCACCAGUGCUCACCAGUGCAGAGCUGACUGCCCAGUUUACCCCUUAUGACUUGAAGCGUUUGGAGAUGUAUUCAAGAAACAUGGUGGACUAUCACCUCAUGAUGGAUAUGAUGCCUGCUAUUGCACGCAUGUAUUUCCUCAAACAAAUGGGAGGCGUCAUGCUUUCAGUUGCACAGUGUGCUCUGCUGUUGGGAGUUGGACUGCAACACAAGCGUGUAGAUGACCUGGAAAAGGAGAUUGAGUUGCCCAGUUCUCAGCUCAUGGGCCUGUUCAACCGUGUCAUUCGCAAAAUUGUGCAGUUCUUCAACACUCUUCAGGAGAAGGCAAUUGAGGCAGAGAUGGUGGCCACCAAGGACAUAAGCAUGGAACCAACUGUGCAGACACUUGGUGAAGAUCUGAAUGAGGCUGCCAAAGAAUUCCAAGAGAAACACAAAAAGGACAUUGAGAAGAUUAAAGAAAUGGAUCUUUCAGAGUGAGUAAUGAACCAAGUGGAUUUAUUUCUCAAAAAUAUUAGUUUUUGCAUUUAUUCACUGGAGUCUUGCUUGUCACUGUAAUUUCAAACUUUGGUUUUUAUGUUAAUGUAGCGAAAGUCACAUCAUGUGUGAACAGGACCUUUAUGGAAAAUCGGUACUUACAAUUUUCCAGUAAUAGAAGUAGUAACAUUACCGGCAAAUUCCAUUAAGUGGCGAUGUGUGAACGAAGAAUGAAGAUUACAGUUAAGAGCACAUACAACGCGUGACUCGCUGACUAUGGAGCGAUUUUAGUCUCAUUAAUUAUUCACGAGUAAACCCCUCUCACGUGGGUUGUCGUACUCUUUAGCCAAUCAGAUUCAACCUUACCAUUCAACCAAUCAUAAUCGUGGAGAGCACAGGACUCAAGAAAAACAUACGAACAUAGCUGACUGCUUUGGCCCAAUCAUAACACUCAAACGUUUCUGCACUGAAGUUGUUCAAAACAGUGCCAAACACUUUCUCAUGUAUUCGCCAAACUGCUCACGUCCCUCGUGCACUUUCUGUGUAUCUGCAUGUAUGAACAUAACUGUUUAUGCUUGCAGUUUUUUUUCUUGCGUCUCUGCAUUUGUCCUCAUAUAGUUCAGGUCAGUUUUAAAGUUUUCUAUCUCCAUGUUGUAACCCAAAGUUGGGAUGUGUAGAGAAAGAAGUAAAAUUACCAGAGAAAAGGACUGACACGAAGCAAAAGCUGUAAUACAUCCUUUGAGUUUAAUAAGGCUGCUUGUGCAUCGUCACAGUCAUCAGCAUACAUGCAGAUUCAAGCGACAAAACAUAAAAGGUAUCCAACUUCGGUCACAGAAACAGAAACCAGCGGAGCAG